GUUACAGGUUGCCAUGUUCGGUUAAGGUGAUCAGCACUCGGGUCUUUGUGGGCAGGUGCGUUACCUGUGGCUCCCUCAGGAAGCACUUCCUGUGGCUCUGCUACCACCGCGGCUGACAGACAGAGACACCGAUGAAUCACACGACGGAAAAGAUCCCUUGUUACUAUCACUCGUCACUGGCUUAUUCACCGCAAUCCGCUUUUGUUUUCUGAGCAGGAGCCCGUAUCAGCCCCGCGUGUUUUUUUUUGUUCUGUGGUGGCAGACGGAGGGGAAGUGCUUCCUGAUAAUACAGAGGUGCGUCUUAUUUCCAUUCCAGUGAUUGACUGCGCACGGCUUCCACCGCCGGAGCUGGGGGCACUGACGCAUUGUGGAGUCGACAGGGGGUAGUAGCACUGCAAACCCCGGCUUCGCUUCACUACGGAGGCAUCUCUCGGCGGAACCGCGAUGGCCGUGGUGCAGCUCGACACGGAGGACCACCAACCGGAGAACGGCUUCGUGUCCCCCGAAACCACGUCCGCGGGGCUGCUGACACGCAUCGACUGCGCGGUUCUGCCGUUUCUCGGGGGAUUUGGGAAGUACCAGAAACAGCUGAUCGUGCUGACAUUGAUCCCGGCGUUAUUUAUUGGAUUCAGCCAGUACUCUGAUAAUUUCCUCCUCGCGCAGCCUAACAACACAUGUGUGCAGCCUUUGGCCAACCAGUCUAACCACACCGUAGGUUAUUCCUCGUUAUUGGACGGUCCGAAGAACAACAGCGCGCGGCCGGCUUACGUUUAUGCCAAUGGGAGUUACGGCACCCACAAUGACACGAACAACAUGCAGUGUCGGUGCAGUGAGUGGACGUUUGAGCUGCACACAGGGCUCGUGCAGAAUGUGGUGACCAAGUGGAGUCUGGUGUGUGACUCAGCAUGGAAAGUUCACAUUGCAAAGUUUUCUUUGUUGGUGGGAUCAAUCUUUGGAUACUUGGUGUUUGGGAUCCUGGCAGACUGGUUUGGCCGUCACCCAGUGCUGAUCAUAUCGGUGCUGUUCAUGCUGGUGUUUGGUCUGACUGUGGCCUUUUCUGUCAACGUCCCAAUGUUCAGCACUUUGCGCUUCUUUGAGGGCUUCUGCCUGGCAGGCAUCAUCCUCUCGCUCUACGUCCUCAGGAUCGAGCUGUGCCUGCCAGGAUGGCGUUUCUCCAUGACCAUGGUGGCAAAUUUUGUGGUGUUAGGUGGUCAGCUGUUAAUGCCUGUGGUGGCUUACCUCUGUCGGGACUGGCAGGUUCUCCAAGCUGUCAUCAUCUGCCCCCUUCUGCUGAUGCUGUCCUACAUCUGGAUCUUCCCAGAGUCACUGCGAUGGCUACUGGCCACUCAGCAGUACUGCCGCUCCAAGUGGAUCAUGGGACACAUCGCACAGAAAAACCGAGUGAACAUGGAGCUUGACGCCGACAAUAUCCUCACAGAACUGCAGAAAGCUCUGCAAAAGAAACCCAAAAAGACGUGCAUUGUGAAAAUGGUUGGGACAAGGAACCUGUGGAAGAAUAUUGUGGUGCUCUGUGUGAACUCGCUAACGGGCUACGGGAUCCACCACUGCUUCGCCCGCAGCAUGAGGGACCCGGAGGUUCAGGAGACCAACAUGUUUCAUAACUUCUAUGCAGACUAUUACACCAUGGCGGGUAUCGCAGUGGCAUCCUGCAUGGCGCUGUGCCCAGCAGUGGGCCUGAUGGGCCGGCGAGGUGGACUCCUCAUGUUUAUGAUCAUCACAGCACUAGCAUCUCUGCUGCAGCUGGGACUGCUCAACUUGCUCGGGAAGUACAGUGGCCAUCUGAAUAUCGAUAGCUCAGGUACGCUGAACAAGAACUUCUCCAUUGCCUUCUCCAUCAUCGGCAUGUUCUCCUCCCACGCAGUCAGCAACUUGAGCAUCUUCUUCUGUGCUGAGAUCACACCCACUGUGAUCAGGGGUGGCGGUCUGGGCCUGGUGCUGGCCAGUGCUGGCUUCGGCAUGCUGACUGCACCAAUCAUGGAGCUCCACAAUCAGAAGGGAUAUUUCCUCCACCACAUUAUCUUUGCCUGCUGCACCCUCAUCUGCAUCAUCUGCAUCCUACUCCUGCCCGAGACACGCUACCAGCCCCUCCCCGAAACUCUAGCUGACGGCGAGAGCUACACUCGACAGCCUCUCCUUCCCCCGAAGAAACCUGGAGAACAGCGCCUCUUGCUGGCUCAAUCUGAGAGCAGCAGGGACUACACCAGGGUGCAUGACACGCCGCUCCACGAGGCAGCCAACACUGCAGUGUCAACGAUGGACUCCACCGCCUCUUCAGCCAUUGAUUUGACCGCUCCGUCAGUGGUAGAUGUGUCUGCUCCUAUGUUCAUGGAGGUACAUCCUGGCAAGCCUGAGUCCAAAGGCCCCAACGGUCACUCAGUUUCAUCCACACCCAUUACAGCCCUGGGCAAAGAUGGUACCGGACAUGCAAGUGCAGAGCAUUUGUUGUCUUCCACGCCUCUACACAAAGCCCAAUGCAUCACAGACCCUCUUUUAGCCAAUGCAGAGGAACCACCAGCAAUCAUCCUGGAGUCCACCCAGCCACUGACAGCUUCUGCCGCUCCUGAGGAGGACAAAACUGGUCCUUCUCCAAUUAAAGAGUUGCCCACCACCCCUUCCCCUUCUUCGGGCUCUUGCACUUCCCCUGUCCCUCAAAAUGCACCCAACUCCUUAUUAAUCAGCACCAUACCCAUCAUUGAACCCCCGCCUUCUUCCACAUUAGAAUCUCCAAACCCUCUAGAUAACGAUGUUGAAAGUACCACCCCGGAAUCUGAUCUACCUACGCAAGAGAACUCUAACAUCCCUUUGGAAGACUUCCAUCCGCCACCUAUGCAUGAAAGUCCCCAGACAUCUGCUACACCCCUGAUGACAGACUGCAACAUUUCCACUGACCCCCCACCCCCAACUGGCGAACACUCUGACAUUCCCAUCCAUUUAGAAAUAGUAGAUGAAACCACAUCUACACCCUCUUCUAAAGACUCUGAAGUACCUCCUGUUGUAGACUCUGACCCUGCAGAGGUAGGCCCUAUUACACCCUGUGUUAAUGAUAUAUCUGCUCAUUCCCCAGUCCCUGAUUCCCCUUUACCCAGUCCCCCUCCACCCAUUGACCCAGACCAUAUACCCCUAGAGGACUUCUCUUCUCCCCCUGCUCUAGAUAAUGUCAAUGCCAUUACACCCUCUCCUACUAUUCUCCCUGUCACAGACAUUGUUCCCACCCCCACGCCAGAAUCAACCACUUUGACAGACAUUGCCCAGCCAGAGCAGGAUUCAGUUCUGACCUCCAUCAUGGAUCCAAGCUCUGCAGAGGCAACUCCCUCCUCUUUAUUGGACUGCACCGUCUCCUCCCCCAUAGACUCUGGAGUCCUAUCCAUCAGUGCCAGCACAGAAAACAACACUGUCAAUGGCGUGGCAUCGUCUUGAUCCAGUGUUGGAUGCAGCCAGGAAAAGAAGCUUUACGGUUGCAGGACGAAGCAGCCCACACCACAUGACUGACUGAGGAUGGGGCAUGAACUGUCCUGCUCAGACUCCCGGCACUCCAUGAAGACUGUCUAGGACCUGGAGUCAAGUAGAUGUGUCUUAAAGAGCUGCUGUACGUUUCUCAACGCCCCUCCUCUCCUCCUCCCUUCCCCCACCUGCGUUAAGCCAAUAAAUGAGACCAUGCAAAAGAGA